GCCGUAGCCCCGGGAGCAGGGAUUGGCUGAGGCGGAAAAGUGCCGCCGCCUCCGCGGUUUCACUUUCGGUUUCGUCCCGUCGGCGGAGGCUGGGCUGGUGGGGCUCCCAGAGAGGGGAUUCCGGGUCCCAGCCACCAGAUUUCUGAUCAGGAUUGUUACAAUGAGUCUACGGAAGCAAACUCCCAGCGACUUCUUAAAGCAAAUCAUUGGACGACCAGUGGUGGUAAAACUAAAUUCUGGAGUGGAUUAUCGAGGAGUCUUGGCUUGCCUGGAUGGCUACAUGAAUAUAGCCUUGGAGCAGACAGAAGAAUAUGUAAACGGACAACUGAAGAAUAAAUAUGGGGAUGCAUUCAUCCGAGGAAACAACGUGUUAUACAUAAGCACACAGAAGAGAAGGAUGUGAAGGCGUCAAGCAUACAGCACUCUUCAGACCUGGAUAUAUUUUUUUAUGAGAUCUUUUUGGUUCUUUUAUAUAAUUUGUCAUAUUUUGUAAUAAUUGGUGAUUUUUCAUUUAUUAAGUAGAAACAGUAAUGGUGAUUUUUCAAUGGCAUAAGAUAAAUGUAUAAAGUUGUGGAUUUAAUUGUAAAGAAUUCUUUCAUAUUUAAGUUUCAGUCAUUUUCUUUUACCUCUGUGUCUGUGCAGAAUGCAAAAAGAAU